AUGCCUGUUGCAGCCGUUGGACAAUUCUGUGCUAUAGGAGAUAUUGAUAGAAACCUUACCAUUUGCUGUGAUCUCAUUCAGCGUGCAGCCAAUUUUGGUGCUGUCAUGGCUUUUUUGCCUGAAUCUUCUGACUUUGUAUCUUCUGAUAAAGAAGUAAUCAAGUCUAUUAUGUCUUCUGAUAAACAUACUAAUUUUAUACAAGCUAUCAAAGACCAAGCAGAAAAGAACAAUAUCUGGGUCUCUCUCUGCAUUCAUGAAGUGGCCAAGGAUAGUGAAAAGCUCUGGAAUACAGAAUAUGUGAUUGAUAAUAAGGGCAAUAUUGUGAAGCACUACCACAAAACACACCUGAUGAGUAUGAUUUUCAAGGAUGGACCUCAAAUGAAAGAAAGUGACAGUAUUUUACAAGGCGAGGAAAUCGGAUACCCUGUAGAGACACCAUUAGGUAAAUUGGGAUUACAAAUGUGUUACGAUAUGCGUUUUGGUGAGCCUGCCAUCAUGUUGCGACAGCGCGGUGCUGAAUUGUUAGCGUACCCUAGUGCCUUUACAAUUAAUACAGGCAUGAUGCAUUGGGAACCUUUGCUUAAAGCCAGAGCAAUUGAAACACAGUCUUAUGUAAUUGCUGCUAAUCAAAUUGGUCAACAUGAUGAAAAGAGAUCAACUUAUGGACAUGCUAUGAUUGUCGAUCCUUGGGGAACUGUGUUAGCUCAAUGCCCUAGUCAUAACAGUGAUCCUUGUAUUGCUAUUGCCAAUAUUGACUUAGACUAUUUGAAUCAACUUCGUGAAGAAAUGCCUGUCAUGGAGGACCGUAGAACUGAUUUAUACCCUAAGAUUGGCUAA